AUGCUUGCAAAGGUUUUUGUCAUCUGCACUGUUUUAGUGGCUGUUCAUUGCCAAAGGUUGGGAUCACCACCAGCUGCAGGUGGAUAUGCUGGAAAUGGAGCUUAUGAGGGUAGAGGAAUCGGCAGAUAUGGAAGUGGCGCCUCAGUUGCUUCAGGUCCCGUCGGAUAUGCUGGACGCGGGGCUGUCAACAGCAGAGGAAGCGCUGGUUAUCAAAGCGGCGCCCCUGUGGUAGCAGCCCCUGUCGGCUAUUCUGGACGAGAAGCUGUCGGGGGUAGUGGGGUUGGUGGAUAUGGAGUUGGUGCUUCAAGGACCAUUGGUGCUACAGCUGGUGCCGCAAGAGGUGGAUCUGUUGCUUACGGAAGAAGUUAUUAA